GGGAGUUUCUGUUGAUAAAACAUUUCGCACGCAUUAUUAAAAGCUGUUGAAAGGCUGAUUUGGAUAGACUUCGAGCUGCAACGAUCGUGCUUCACUAAAAAAGUCGAAAAUCGCGUUAGCUUACCUUCAGUAACCAGCUACCGAACAAUUGCACCAUGCUUAUUUUCAAAGAAGACGUCACCGCAUGGAACGCCGUAGACGUCCUCGUCGACGGGCUCCUGCAGCAUGGCCGCGUCGUCAACGUGGCGGAGGGCGGCCUGAUCGUCGAUUUCGGCAGUGCGGCACGGCGCGCCGAGUUUGUCCAAUACGGGAACAUCUUCCAUGCGAAGUGUCGGGAUUCCUGGAAGGACGACGUGCUGGUUCUGCUGCGAUCGCAUCCCAACGAUGUCUGGAAGUGGUACCCGGGCAAGGUCGUCUCGCUGGGCGACUACGACAACUAUGACGGAGCGGAAUGCGUGGAUGUGCAGCUGCCGCACGGCACCGUCCGGGAGCUAGUGCGCGAGGCGCAGCUGCGCUUGCCGCCCACGGACAAGGAUCUGGCGGGGGCGGAGCAUGUGAAGCCGGGGGACUUUAUUAUCCGUUCGUGUCAGCUGCCCGGCGCCAACUGGUCUGGCAUGCUCGGGGAGAUCUUCAAAUGCCAGUUGAAUGCGUCCAUUCACAAUGCCGUGUGUACGUCCCUGCAGGCUGGGUCCUUUCUCUACUUGCAACGCCCGACGGAUAGGUUGCUGAAAACUAAGGACAUGAAACCCUUGUAUGAUAGCGCGUGGAAGGAGAACGACCGUGGCUGCUCACUGUCGACACAGGAGUGGAUCCGCCGUCACGGCACGCUUAGCACACCACAGGAGAAGCGUACUAGCGGCAAAGGACGAAGCCUGCCGCUGCCCGUUGCACUGCUGGUGGAGGUCUUCCAGUCGUUGGACUCCAUCGAGCGCAUCCGUUGUCGGCGGGUGUGUUCACUGUGGAACCAUCUUCUCACGACCGAAACCAACUUCCCCGAUGUGCGCGUCGACGGCCGGCAAGCUAGUUUCUACAAUGCGGAAUUCAACGGCGCCGAUGUGUACUGGGUGGUUAGCUGCUUGCUGAAGUGCCUCAACAGCGCCGCCAAGAUGACCGUUAUCGUGCAGCUUAAGUCCGCAGACUGUGCUCGUUUGGCCGCUUUGAUCCGGCACCUCCUGGGUGAGCAGCGUCUCCCGACGUUGGUGUUCUGCGAGUGUUUAUUCGGGGAAUCGUACGACGAGACGAUGGAGCAGCUCGCGAACGGAGUGGUCGUCAUGGCCCAGAGCUUUGUGUCGUACGACCGCAUGGUGCUGAAGAACUGUAUGGUCUUCGACUGCGUUCUACUGGGAAUACUGGUCACGCAGCACUCCUUCCGUAUCCAGUCGAGCGAGGCCAUGAGAAUGGAGGUGUGGGACGUUGUCGAGAACGGUCUCAAUGUGCGGGAUCGGCAGGCUUUAGUAGAGCGGAUUGCUGACGGCUUCAAGAACAAGCGCAAUGAGCAGAUCGACCGGAACAUUGUGAAUGCGCUCAACUAUUACCAGAGUGUGGACCCGCGUCCAGCCACCGAGUACCGCGGUCGGAAGUGGACGGCGGCCAGCAUUUCCGAUCUGGAUGUUAGUAAGCUGACCGCUUUGACGGCAGUCGCUUUUAUCCAAAGUAUGCGAUUCCGGGAAGGUGAAUCGGAUUUCUAAUCGCAGCAUAAUGCGACACAACACUUUACCGAGUCGUCUGGACCUGUUGGAAACGGAUUCGUAAACGAGUACUACCGACCCAUCUUAUGACACUAUCUGUGUGUAACAAUAUUAAUCGUGUUUAAUGGCUUCUUUAUGAUGUUUGUGUAACUGUGCAAGUUUUUACCGUCUACCCAAUGCGUGCCUGUUGUGGCUAGCGCAUGUCAAUCAGGGUGAAAGGUUCACUCAUUCGCAUUUAACUGCUUAAAGGAAAGGAGUUGUUUGUUCGUACCGGCAAGUUCCGGGAUCUACUACUCUGUAUACGGUAUACUGUAUACGGUAU